AUGGCGAAUACCAACUGUGUGUUUCGGGCUUACGUCCACAGUUUCGACGAAUUGCAGCCUCUGAGGGGUGGAGCAGGCCAAAUCGCUGUGGUCUUCGCCAAAGACAGGGGCGGAAAUGGAAACUUCCAGCUCGAUUUCAAUGUCAUUGCCCAACAAAUCCACGAUUUCAAAAGUGAAAAUGAGAAUUUCAAGUUCUUCUUGAGCAUGGAGGUUAUCCCUUCAAUCUCGCACGGGCUAACGUCGCCGAAGCCGUCAACAGCCUCACAAACCUCAUCCACCCGCUACCGUUUUGAUGGCAUCGACGUUUACUACGACCAGAUCCCUGUGCCUCCUGCUCAGUUUGUGGAUGUUAUGCAGAGUGUGAUUGUGGGGCUGAGGGAAAGAAACCGAAGACCCAGCCUUGAGGUCUCCCUCACUGUGCCUCAUCCUCUCGGUCAGAAGUACUACCUGCCUCUGUACAACAGGGUCCAAGAUCUUAUUGAAUAUGUCAUUUACCAGAUCCACUCUACGCCAAAUCCUGUCAACGACGUCGGACAACUAGUGCGAAUAUUCGAUGAUUUACCUUAUCCCGCAAUCAAGCUCUUUGCUGGCUUCAUCACCGACUGUAACAUUAUCCCACUGCUCGUCUUCAUUGUGGCCUGUAUUGUGCUCUUCAUCAGAGGCCGCAUUACUGGCGUAUCCGUUUCGGCUGCCAGCGUCGUGUGA